UCUUAUUGGCAUGGGAACUUUCUAGUUCUCAGGAAAUCGCUGAGUUCUUUAGUCAAAAAGAUUGCCAAAUACACAAACAGAAAUUUCACAAAGCAGGGGUAAAGAAGUAAUUCGUUUAGCGGAGCAGUUUUUUAGAAACGCCGUUUCGUGCAUUCUGUUCGUCUCGAAAUGACAACGUCAAACGACUGCCUGACGGUACCCCUAACACGAAAAUUCGGCAGCAUGCCGGCACUGGCUCAAAAAUCCGCCAUAUCACUUGACUUCCACGACGAAGGAUUUAAGCCUCGCAGAGUAUCUGGAAGCUCUGACCCAGAAAAGACUGGAACCACACUUUGCGAAUCACAGGGAGUCCACGGGCUACCCCUUCUCAAGGUAUCUUUCGAAACACCCGCCAACAGCGCCUACGGCGCAGACAUUUGGCGGGAAAAUGGACGGCACACAACUUUAGGGGUGUCCCGGAUGGAUGCAAGUGAAAGUAAAACACCAAAUAAGGGAACAAGGGCCUUUGGGAGUGCUGGGAAAUGGAAGCCGGACGAGGCUCUAACAUUUUUGCCCAGUCGAUAUUCAGAAUGGUUCAACAGGAGUUCAUCUUUGAAUUAUAGAAUAGGGGUGAAGACUGCUGACACUAGUGCUAAACCACAAGCACAGCAGUCCAGAGGGCAAAACAGGACGGCUAAUACUGGACAAACCACGAAGGGCAUGAAAGCAAGAAAGUCACUACUUCGCAGAAAAACAGAUACUUCGAAGAAAACAGCUACGACAGACAAUGACGGUGAAAAAUAUUCACAAGAAACACCCCUGAAUAGGGUGGGUAAUUCUCAGGACUACAGACAAAAAUGUAUCCAGUGGUUGCAAUCUUUACCAGACACUAAUACGCUAGCUAUGAAUUUGCGUUGAGACAAUCGUUGGAACAUUCAAGAAAAUGAAAAUUUUCUUCCUUCAUGCUAAAUUCAAGUUCUCUCCUCUUUUCAUCGUAGAGCAUCUUGAAUCUGAAAUUUGAAGAAAACUCUCGUCGUUCUCUUAACCAGACAUAUCUGCAAGGCAGUGGCCAGUGUCUGCUCGCCACACACACACACACACAAAUAAAAAUCCUAAAAUAUCCAUUGUGUAGUUAUCGAAGUUUAAAAGCCAAACAAACUAGACAGCGACACCAAUUAAAGGUAAAACUAAAGGUGAAAUUCUUGUCUAUUGGUUGUUUCCGUGUGACUUGAUGUAAUUGUCAAGUCUCUUACAGCCGCUGUUUGAUUCGUCACGCUUCCACCACUAGAAUACUUGGCGGGGGAGGGGGGCUUGGUGGCAUUGUUACGGGGCAAGAUGAUCACAUCUACAGUCACAAAGUUGGGUAAGAAAAUUGGGGAAGUGUCACUGUAAUCCUUCUCCUUUUCCGCGCAGGUGAUCAUUCGCGUUUGUGACCAACGUCAUGAUUCAAAACCCCUUUUUCUUUCCGGUCGCCAUGUCGGCUAAAUAUCAGAACGAAUUCAUGCAGUACGUUUCUUCCGAUAACUGACGUUUCGGACAACAUGCAUAUAUGCAGACUGAAAACUUAAAAAAUUGACCCGUUUAGUCCCCAUCUAUAAAACCGACCAACUUUCCAGCUUCUGUGUGAUAGUGGAAACCUUGGGAUACAAUUAGAAGGGAGAUGAAAUUUUUAAUAAGCUACGUACGGCUGGAAACAAGAAGUGUUGCCAUGAAGUUAUA